GGUGUAUCACUGAAGGACUUCGACAGGUUGUCUUUCGAUAUGAUCUUGAUGAGCCCUCCCUGUCAACCCUUUACGAGAAUUGGCCGACAGGGUGAUGUUUCGGACCCCAGGACCCGGAGCUUUCUCUAUUUUCUUGAUAUUCUUCCAAGACUUGCCAAGCUACCCAAAUAUUUACUUUUAGAAAACGUCAAAGGCUUCGAAACAUCUUCUGCCAGAGAUGAACUCAUACGAACACUAGAGAAGUGUGGAUUUACGUAUCAAGAAUUUCUCUUGUCUCCAACUUGCCUUGGCAUCCCUAAUUCAAGACUAAGGUACUUUCUGAUUGCAAGGCUUCAUUCAGAGCCCUUUCCUUUUCAAGACCCUGGUAAGAUACUGACAGAUUUCCCAAGGCAGGAGCCAGCGGGUUCAAAGACGUCCAGAGUUCCUGCAGCCUUGGCCGAGCGCAGCUCCCUUUCCAAGGCUACGAAAGAUCCAGUCUCCGGUUAUGACCAUGAUGGCGGACAACGCCCACAGGACUUUCUUUUCAAGCUCGAAACAGCGGAACAGCUGGAAAGGAAACAGCAAGCGGACAGUGACCUCUCUGUGCAAAUGCUAAAAGCGUACCUCCAAGAUGACGACGACGGGGAAGGAAUGAGUCAGUACUUCCUGCCAGAGAAGUCCUUGCUCCGUUAUGCUUUCCUCCUAGACAUCGUCACCCCCUCCUGCAGAAGAUCCACGUGCUUCACAAAAGGGUAUGGUAACUAUAUAGAAGGAACAGGCUCCGUGUUGCAGACAGCAGAGGAGAUUCAGCUGGAAUCUGUGUUCAAACCCUUCGAGGGUUUGUCUGAAGACGAGAAGCUUACGAAGCUGUUGACGCUUAAACUGCGGUACUUUACUCCAAGAGAAAUAGCAAAUCUACAGGGAUUUCCUCCUGAAUUUGGUUUUCCUGACAAAGUAACCACAAAGCAGCGCUACCGCCUGCUGGGAAACAGCCUCAACGUACAGGUGGUUGCUAAAUUAAUCUCAAUUCUGGUUGGGUAAUGUUGGAAUGCGACGGGAUCAAGGGGAACGGGCCAGCAGACAUCCUGCUACAUCAAAAGAUGGAUUUGCUUCUUUGGAAAAUUGCCCCCCAUGGGUAGCUGCUA